AGAACUUGUGAAGUCCACGUCUGGCAAAAGAAACAUUAGGGAGGUUAUAACCCGCCCUUCAAAAUUUAUAGAUGAUAAGUGUUAAAUUAAAUUAAUUAUGUGGACAACUUUAGCUGAUAAUUAUGUGUAACAGAAAUUGUGCUUCAUUUAGUUACUCAUUAGUUGAUGUAUUGGAAUCACAUAAACUACCAUAUAUAAGGGAUUCGUUUGAAAUGGACUUUAAUUUAUAUGAAAAAGAAAUUUUGAAGUUUCACGUUUGCUGAUAAAAGGAAGUUUAAGAUUAAAUUGAACUGAUACAAUGUUGCCAGUGUUUCAUAGAGAUGCUUCAUCAAGAGACAGGGUCAUCACCAAACUAAUAGACCAGAUAAAUGGGUGGUUACGCCUAAUAUUUGCUGACAGAAAUUCAAGAAAUUUAUUCCUUUUUCUACUUCUUAAUUCAUCUUUUGCAUUUGUUGAAUUAUUUUAUGGAAUAUGGACUAACAGUUUAGGUUUAAUAUCUGAUUCGUUUCAUAUGUUUUUCGAUUGUACAGGUUUGUUAGCAGGUUUAGUUGCAUCUAUAAUCACGAAAUGGCGAGCUAAUGAUAAGUAUUCAUUCGGUUAUGUGAGAGCAGAAGUCUUAGCUGGGUUUGUAAAUGGCCUAUUUUUACUAUUUAUAGCAUUUUUCAUAAUGUCUGAGGCUGUGGAAAGAGCCAUAGAACCCCCUGAAGUUAAACAUGAACGUCUAUUUGUUGUUUCAGUUCUAGGUUUUCUUGUAAAUAUGGUAGGUAUAUAUGCAUUCCAACAUGGACAUUCACAUGGAGGUUCCCAUGGUCAUUCACAUAGUAACAAAAGCCAUGGACAUUCCCAUGGAAAUCAUGGACAUUAUCAUAAUUCUACUGAUCAUUCUCAUGAAGCCACACCUCAGAAUUCACAUAUUAUGAAAGGUGUCUUUUUACAUAUAUUAGCUGAUACACUAGGAAGUGUAGGCGUGAUUAUUUCUUCUGUGCUUGUUCAAGCAUUCGGAUGGAUGAGAGCUGAUCCUAUUUGUUCCAUGUUCAUUGCUGUAUUGAUUGCAUUAAGUGUGAUUGCUUUAAUUAAAGAUUCGGUGUAUAUAUUAAUGCAAAGGCAACCAGUCCAAUUAGACAGCGUUUUACCACAAUGCUACCAAAAAGUUAUGCAACUUGUUGGAGUUUACAGCAUACAGCAACCCCAUUUUUGGACUUUAUGUUCUGAUUACUAUGUGGGAGCAUUAAAACUUGAAGUCUCAAGAGAAGCAGAUCCGAAAUAUGUCGUUAGUCACACCCAAAUGAUAUUUGCAGCAGUUGGUGUUCAGCAGUUGUAUGUUCAAUUAGAUUAUGCUGCCACAUAAGGACAGAUCUUUUAAAUGCCUUAUUGUUUUUAUGUUGAAAUUUGUCUACAAAAUCGUUUUCAAAAUUAUUAAGCUAAGUAAGAAAAUUAAUUAUGAUUUAUAAAAUAACUAUUUUUCUUCUGGAUUCAUUCUAUCAAAGACAAAUUGUGAUGUAAUUAGAGAUUGAAAUGUUUUAAUAUCUCUAUUUUAAUAUUUGUUUAAUUUGUCAGAUGUUAAUUAAUUGUUGACAUCUAAACUGAUAAAUUAUAUGGGUUCAAUAUCGAGCAUUUAUGUUUUUUGUUAUUUAUUUUAAGUAGAAUAAUUUUGAUUUGUUUAUUGAAUAUAUUUACCUUAAAAAGGUAUUGUGACAUCACUGAUAAAAUACAUUUGUUAGACAUAUGUUAGACAAAAUACCAGAGAAUUCAUCAGAUUUUGUAAAAAAAAAAAAAUAAUAAUAAAAAAUAUAUUAAAAAUUAAUAAAGAAAAAGCAUUAUGAAAACCAUCAUUAUACUUUAAAAGUGUUAUUUUAUAUGAUUAAAUGUAUGUUCCUCUUUUCAUUUUCACAUCUGAAAGAAAAAAUAAUAAUUAAAUUAAAUCUCUAGUAAUUGUUUAUUCUACUUUUUUUUUUAAAUGUUUCCA